AUGCUCAGCUGUCCAAGUGAAGAAAAAUUUAGUGAGCUUGAAAAAGAGGCCUUCAUCAAAGCAGUCGCCGAGCUGCUGGGCAACGAGGACAAGUCCCAAAGCAGCUGCUACUUGAUCGGGCCAACCGAGUUUGAUCAUGGUUUCUUUCAAACGAAGUCGAUCGAAGGUAGCGAAGAUCUGAACGUGCGGCGCACGCUCACCACGGACAAGUUUCUGAAGGCUUUGGCGCAAAAGUAUGGCAAGUGCCAGCUGCGGAAUCUGCUCGAGGGAAAGUGUCACUCCAAUGUGACGCUUUCCUGCUGCAAUGGAUCGGAGCAGAUCUCGUGCGAUCCCGACUAUCCAUAUCGGAGCUAUGAUGGUAGCUGUAAUAAUCUGAACAAUCCCUCCUGGGGUAGAAGUGGAAAUGCUCUGAAGUAUCCCAUAGCUCCGUGCUACAGUGACUUGGUGUCAAAGCCCGCUCGUAGCAAGUCCGGCUCGGCGCUUCCGCAAAACCGCAAACUGAUCUCCGAGCUGUCGGAGUUCCUGCAGGACUACGGUCCAAAUACGUCGUCUUCACUGAACAUGUUCCUGAUGUUCUUCUUUGAGCUUGUUUCGUCCGACAUGAUCGGUCGGGUGCACAAACGAACGCAACGGUCUACCCAAGGCUUCCGAGGUUGCCGGGCGGACGGGUUGGAUCGUAGUGCGUUUGUGUCGCCUCUUGCGCACCCGCUGCGCGUCAACCAGAACGAUCCGUACUACGGAAGCGAUGGCAUAAGCUGUCUUAACUUCAGCCCACAGGAAAAGGCGAACGAUCGGUGCGAACUGAAGUACGUGGCCGAGCGGAACAUGCAGAGCAGCUAUCUGGAUCUGUCCAGCUUGUAUGGCACGCAAUCUCAUUAUGAUGCCGAGGGCAAGCUCGACCUGUUCCACUGUGGUACUACGGCUACGUUAGUACAAAAGGCUCCGUUAACCGCACAGUUUCAGGCGAUUGCCGGUUUGUUCGGCCAGCUGCACAACUACUGCGUCGAUCGUGUCCGAUCCUGCCCGCAGAGCAAGGGUCUGGUGCAGGAACGCUGCCGUGCACUGACGAUCGGCGUGUACCAGAAAAUCUUAUACGAUCAGCUGUUGCCGCUGCUUUUCGGCGAGGAGCUCUACAAUCGCUGUGGACUCAGCUGCGAGUACAAUCCGUACGUCGAGUCGACCGUUUCGCAGGUGUACAAAAACGGUCCGGGUCGGUUCCCGCAUUUCUGGAUACCGGACCAGAUGAUGUACAAGCCGGAGGGGAAAUCGGAGUGGCUUCCGUUCAAUGUGUUCUUCCGCGAGCACGAGAAGUUUGACUGCACUGGAACUCUAGAGGGUGUGCUAGAAUCACCGAUACAGACUGAUCGACUCGUAGACGCGAUUGUGAACAAGUUUUACACGCUGGACGGUUGCCGAGGCACCUGCCUCCCGUGCCUCGAUUUGGCGCGCAACCGGGACUCGGGCCUCUGCCCGCUGGUCACCUACAAGCACUUUAUUGAGCAGCGCGUUGGGGAAACGGGUGACAGCAAGUGUUACAGCACUUUUCAGGAUUUGAGUGACAUGUUUGACCCAGAGUUGUGCAAGUUUUUGGAGCAACAUUACGAGUCGCCUUCGGAUGUCGAUGUUCUGUUAGCGUUUUUGGACCGGCGUGCAUAUCCGGGAGCAGCAAUGCCGAAGUUGGUGUCCCAAACAACGUGUCUGGAGUUUAAGCGGCUGAAGUGUACCGAUCGGUUUUUCUACAGCUGGAAUCCGAACUUGGGCGAAGGUGCUCGUCAUUUGAUCGAAAUCCUGGACUUUACCGCACUGCUGGCUCUGUUUACCAAUAUGCAUGAGGUGCCGCUUGAGCCAUUUGUCGUCGACAGCCCAAAGGUAGCUGCUAAAGAUGUUAGAAAGUAUCUGGAGAGCGUUGAAUACUUGUUCUGCCAGUUGUGA